AUGGCAGAAAUGAGGGGAAAAGAUGCUGUUAUAGCUGCGGUCCUAGCGCUAACGUUGCCACCUCCUGAUAUUGCUAGACUUUUGCGUAAACUGAUUCCUAUUUUGCUUUCAAUUCUGACCCCACUUCCUUAUCCACUUUUGGAUGUACGCCAUCGACUGAUUGCUCCAGAGCCUAUGCUUUGGAGGGGAAGGGAUGUUUUUAGAUUAUUUUCCUCACAUAUGUGCUCCUUUUAUGAAAUAACUGGUGAAAGCCCAGACUCGCUUCGAGAGAUUGCCUGUGUGGGAGAACACAUGAUCUCUGAUCAAUCCAAAAAACACGAAGUUGUCACAUUUCAGUCUAGGAAAUCUACCCUCCUUUACCCUCGAUGUGAAGUCCACACAGAUAACAGUUGUGAGUUUCACUGUAAGGAAUGCAACAUUCUGAUUUGCUCCGCUUGUAUUGUCUCCAAAAACCACAAAGUUCAUGACAUCCACUUCCUGAAGGACAUCCUUGCCAAGAAAAAAGCAGAAAUCGAAAAAGAAAUUCAUGAAUUGGAGGAAUCCAUCCACCCAACCUACCAGGACAUUGCUUCUGAUGUACAAAACAGAAUGAAUUCUACGGAUAUUUUUGAAGUGUUUAACUUCCAAUUAGACUCUAAGAAAUACAGAAUUCUUCCACCUAAAUUAAACAUAACAAUGGCACAGUUUUCACCAUUUUCUGUACAGGAACGGAUCUCUGAAGUGUUUGGAAAAAUAAUUCCAACAACGGUAUCAUCCGAUAACCAUGGUUACAGCUUAAAAGCGGCCCAAGGAUUGUUAGGAGCUGAAAUGUCUCCUUUACAAGAAAAUUUAACCGAAGCUGGAUCCUCCCCUCCAGUCAAAAGGCUUCUUGAUGAACCAGAGACUGUCACCACCAUAUAUAUUGGGUAUGGAGACAUUUACAAUGUGGCCUGUCUGAGUGAUGAAGAAAUCUGGACACAUGGAACUGACAACACAAUGAAACUCUACAGCAUCAAUCAGGGAUCAGUACUCAAGUCAAUCACAACCAAAUACAUAACUGAGAACAGGAACCUGGAUAUCUGUGUGUCUGACAAUGGAGCUGAAGCAUUAGUGGUGGUCAAUCAGGGCGGUAAACUGAAAUUCAUGUACACUGGACAUACUCCUGCUCCAAAGAACAAACCAUUCAAUCCACGAGGAAUCACCACAGACAGUCAGAGUCACAUCCUUACAGCUGAUCAUAACAAUGACUGUGUCCACAUCAUAGACCAGGAUGGACAGUUCCUCCGAUUCGUACACUGUGGACUGAGUUUUCCCUAUGGACUGUGUACAGAUACAAAUGACAAUCUGUAUAUUGCUCAUCAAUUUGAAUACAGUCAUGUGAAGAAAAUUAAAUAUCAAAAGUGA